AUGGCUCAGGCCUUCCCCUACACUUUCUACUCGUGUCCUUGUGUCGACACCUCGACUCCGAGCUCUCGCGUGCGUGACAAGCGCUCCUCGCAGUAUUCAACCCACACCAAGGAAGAAGAAGACCGCACCUUCGACCCACGCAAUCCUCGCUCCAACUUCUCUCUGUAUCCGCUCGAGCACCUGUUGUACUGCGAAGACUGUCACCAGAUACGCUGUCCACGAUGCGUCAGCGAAGAGGUCAUCACCUGGUUCUGCCCCAGCUGCUUGUUUGAGGUUCCCAGCAGCAAUAUCCGGAGCGAUGGAAACAGAUGUAUGCGAAGUUGCUACAACUGCCCUAUCUGCACCGCUCCCAUGAUUGUAAACUCUCUAGACUCAGAGAACGAAAAGCAUGUCCGCCUCGGUGAAGACGGUGAGGCAGUCCAGCCGCCCGGUCCUUUCUAUCUAUCAUGUCCAUACUGCCAAUGGAGCACACUCGAGAUUGGCGUCGAGUUCGAGAAACCCAACAACAUCUCCGGUCAACUGGCUCGUCUUGCAAACGGAGGAAAGACGGUGCCUACGCUUCGAGAGCGGGAAAAGGCCCGCGACAAGCGCAAAGAGGCCGAAGAAAACGGAAAGAAGCACGACGAUGAGGAAGAUGACGGUAUACCAGACGAGGACUUGCCCAUGGACCACGAUAUACGCUUUUCGAACUUGAGCGCUUUCUACAAGUCCCAGCUGCAAACCGACACAAUGGGAGGCGGGUACGGCGAUUAUGGUUACGGCUCAUCAAGCACCUUGUCGCGCAUCAUGAGCAUGUACAGCGGCAGCGGUGCCAAGAAGUCGAAGAAGGACAGACCUUCAGCUAUGAGAGAAGCUUUCGGGUCCGAUGAGGGUUUCCAAGUCCACAAUCGCUCUUCGGAAGACGAGAUCAUAAGACGCAUGCGGGAAGUUGGUUGGGAAGGGACCAUCAGCCCGGACCAGCGUCAAAGCCAGAUCCAUGCCGACGUACGCUUCGCAGCUGACCUGCGGCCCGUCCCUACCCUUCUCCGCACCAAACGUGCCAAGCGAUGCAGAACAUGCCGACACAUCCUAGCCAGACCGGAGACAAAGAUUUCAAGCUCACGCUACAAGAUCAAGCUGCUGGCUCUCAACAACAUCCCGCAAAUCUCGCUGAAGGCACUACCACGCCAGGCCGAAACGGCCGUCCCCGGCAUAACUGCGCCAGUUGCCUUCGACUACAACAAGCUCCAGCCGUUCAUGGCAAAUCACUUCAUUCUCACCAUCCGCAAUCCGCUGUUCGACCCCAUCCACGUGACCCUAGCCACGCCGGCCAUCACACCCGGCCGGAUCCAAAGCAAAGUCACCGUCCUUUGCCCGGAGUUCGAAGUGGGCGCCAACACGGACGUGUGGGACGAGGCGCUGACGGGGCCCGGCGCAACGCAGAAAAAGUCGCAGGCGCCCUCGUCGAUAGAGCUGGGCGCCUCUAACCCGGCCACGCAGGCCGAGGCCGGCAAGGUCUGGGAGCGCGGCCGCAACUGGACGAGCGUCGUACUCGAGGUCGUGCCCGACAAGGCCGACCCGGCCGACCUCGACGGCGGCCUCGACGAGGACGAGGACGUCCUCGAGAUCCCCAUGUUCGUGCGCAUCGAGUACGAGACGGACGUCACGGGCGACGACAUCAAGGAGAAGGACCGCGAAAAGGGCAAAGAGUCCGGCGCCGACGGCAGGGUCAAGCGCGAGGAGGCCUUUUGGUGCCUCCUCGGCGCCGGACGCAUCGGCGAGUUGCCUAAGCUGGGUUGA